ACGAAAUAUGUAGCCGCAUUUAAUUUGGUCUAUGUGACAUGCCAUGGUGGAAAAUAAAAUGAAUUAUAUUUAUUAAAAAAACCUAUUUGACCAUUCCUUUCAUCUUCUCCAUCCGCCCCUUCCCAUUCUUCUCUUUUCCUCUUCGCAAAAAUCCCACUUCCAUUCCACCUCAACUCAAAAUUGUCGCCGACUCUCAAUCGACGAACACACUCAUUAGCCUUGAUUCAUUCACCACUUGAUACGGUCCAGCUCGCCUCCGUGGUCCGACAAUGCACAGCGAUUCAAACGUAGCAGCGACUAACAGAGGGAGGAAUUGCAGCAGCAUCGACGGAGAUUCGCUUGUCCCCUCUACUCAUCGUCGAUUUCCGGCGGCGACAUCUUUGAAAACUGCCCGGAUCUUUGGAAAAUGCCGAGAUCUGGUGGUUUUUAGGGAAGAAAUAUGCAAGGACAUAGCGCAAUUAGGUUUUAUAUCUCGAUAUGCGAUGGAGAUUGAUGCUCUCCCUCAGCGGCAUGAUUGCGCAGCCACGAGACGAGUCAGGAUUUUGAGUGCCUUCUCGUCUUACCGGCUCUCAACCUUCUGCUGCAGCAGGUAUUUCAGAGACUCCACGGCCUCGGCGUUACCCACGAGAAAUUCGGAUAAAGGGGAGGCGAAGGAAGGAGACGAAGAAGAUGAAUCUCAUCCGGUAGCAGUUGGUCUGCCUCUUCGAUAGUGGUUGGGAUCUCUUCAGCUAGAGUAUCAAAGGACUCGGCUUUGACUGAGUGGAGUACGUAGAGAUGGACGGUGGCGGCUACCCAGGUUUAUUUUUUCAAAAAUGGAUGAAGCGGGCGGGGGAAUUGAUGGGAUCCAUUAGGGAUGGCAAUGGGUCGGGGGCGGAUAGUGCAUAUCCGUUACCCUACCCAAAGUAGGUCGGGUUUUACCCAUACCCAUACCCACAUGUGAAACGGGUAGAAAAUCAAAACCAUGUCCAUACCCGUUCGGGUUUCGGGUAUCCACGGUUAUCCAUGGGUAAUCAUUUCUCUUCAUAACUUCAACCAAUAUGUUAACAUUCACACGAAUUCUCACAUUACGUAAGAGGAAAAGUACGACAAUAAUUCACUAGAAUGGAAAAAAUUAAUUAAAACAACACAAUUUCAUGAAAAUAUUAUACUUAUAUGCUAAAUAUAAAAUAUGUUAGAGAAAAAUAAUGAUUAUAUCUAGAGAAAAAUACAUAUGCAUUUGUAUAAUCGGGCGGGUUCGGGUUGGAUAGUGAGAAAUCCAUGCCCACCCAUUACCCACAAUAUUCGGGUUCGGGUUUUACCCGUACCCACUAAAUGUCUUUCGGGUUCGGGUUUUACCCUACCCGAUUCGGGUGGAUAUCCACGGUUACGGAUAUUUUUGCCAUCCCUAGCCAUUAUCAAACAAUAGCUUGUAAUUUUUCAGCAUCAGUUGUCCCACGCUAAGUAGAUUGAGAGUUAGCUCCGGAACAUACAAAACAUCUCGUAUGAGAGUUUUGUUACCUUCUUCUGUGCAUACAACAACUAUGCAUGUUCCUUCCACUUUUAGCUUCUUCCCGUCUCCCAACUUGACUUGAAAGCGGUAUUGAUCAUCAAUGUCGGUGAAGGACUCCAGAUCUCCAGUCAUGUGGUUACUGCAACCACUAUCCACCAUCUAGGGAAGCUGUGAUUUUUGCUCACCAUUCAAGCAUGAUAAGGCCACCAUAUUGCUUUCUUCAUUUUUGGUGCCGCUUGACUCGCCUUCUUCUUGCUUGUUCUGGAACCAACAAUCUCUCUUUGAGUGGUUUUGAAUUCUGUACUUGGUGCACUUAAAUCUGCAGUCUUUUGUUGCAUGACCCACCUUUUUGCAAAUUAUGCAACUCGAGCCGGUGUAGCUCGAUCUUUGUUGUUGAUAAUUUUGUCUGUUGUUUCCUCUGUAAUUGGAUCUUCCUCUUCCUCUUCCUUGUGAGUUUCCCCCUCUCUGGCCUUGCUCCGAUUUGGCAUAUUUACUUUCUGUCAUGCUGACUUUUGACGAUAAAGCUUGCUCCAAUGGCGGUUUGGUGAAGCGACUCAUUCUUUGCUCGUGUGCAACAAGUGAGCCCAUCAACUCGCUCAUUGGUAGAUUUGCCAAAUCUUUGGUUUCUUCUAUCACGGCAACAAUAUGUUCGAACUUCGAUGAUAGGCUACGGAUAAUUCUUUCCACGACCUUCCUUUCUUCCAUGAUGUCACUAGUGGCUUUGAUCUGGUUGAUUGUCUCCGCAACACGUGAGUGGAAGUCUUUGAUGGUGUCGGUUUCCUUCAUCAUCAAGUUGUCUAACUGUCGCCAUAAACUUUGGCGCCUGAUAGAGAUUGCCUUUUCAGAACCUUUAAAUUGUUCACGCAAGACAUCCCUAGCUUCUUUGGCCUUUUUGAUGCCAUAGAUUCUCAGGUGAAUCAAUUUGCUAACUGCUUGCUGAAUUAUUCUCAAGGCGCUGGCAUUUUACUUGGCAUUCUCCUUGGUACUCCUUUGCCUGCUUGUUUCUUGGAAUCAUCAUCCUCGUCUUGUGGAUCUUCGUAGUCUUCUUGAACGAUAUCCCACAAAUCUUGAGAGAUGAAAAUAGGCUUCAUUUGGGCACUCCAGUACUCGUACAAUUCUCCAUCGAAAAUGGGAAUUUGAUUUGAUGAGGUAGCAAACAUGGUGUGUGAUGAAUUUGUUGCCAUGGCUUUUGGAGAAAAUAUGUGUAGGCUAGAAAGUAGGGAUUUUUAAAGGAUAAAAGGGAAUUGCUCUGAUACCAAAUUUGUUGGGUGUUAGCGGAACUAGUGGUAAUUUAGGAUCAAAACAAAAGAGCAAUUGGUCUUUAAUCACUCUUUUUAUAAAUCACUCAAACAAACAAGGCCUUAACUUUUGGCUCUUGUUGCUUACAAACACAUAAACACAGAGACUUCUUUCUUCUUUUUUUUGUCUCUCUGACAAUCUCUUGCAAACCCAUACAUACACAUUUAUAUUACAAUGGAAGAAAAACUAAUAAUGCUAUUGGCUCCAUUUCUUUCUCCAUGCACGUUACCACUUGUGGUAGAUGGAAACAUCACUUAAUUCAAUUGGUCUACUCAUUACUCCAAGCAUUAAUCUCCUUGUCUCUUGCAUUAUUUUGAUUUUGGCUUCUUCUUUCUAACAGAUGGAAUUGACAUGGAUAUGAGUUCUCAACCAAGCCAUGCCCGCUCCAUUUAUUUAACUUCAUUAUUUUUAUCUUGCAUAAGACAUUGUGGGUUGCAUCAUUAAUCAUGUUUCUUUACCAUAGGUAAUUGCAAAUUACCUUUCAACAAAAAGCGCCAGAGGGAAGGAGGGCUUAUUGAAGAGGCCGAUUCGGGAUUUACGAAUGCUGGACCCAAAUCUUCUUCACGAAUCCACUGAACCCUCCUCCGCCGUUGUCCACUGAAGUCGUGGUCGUGGAUCACCAGGGACCGCCUCAUUGAUCCGAAAAUGUUCACUGAAAGACGACGGCGUCUUCAACCGACCGGCCACCGCUGCAUUUUUUCCGGAGUAUCGACAAGGGGAAUCGUCGGGGGAAGGAGGUUUCAGGGAAGAAGUUGGGUUUGGACGACUAAGGGAAUUAUUUCCCGAUGCCGUUAGGAUAAGGUGAGUGGAGAGGCGAUAAUUGGGGGUUAUGAAUUUUUUUAUUUAUUAUUAUUAGAAAAGAAAAAGAAUACAGAAAUUCUAAAAAUAAUUUUUUCUGUUUCUCUGCUUGCUGACGUGGCAAGUGAGCUGGUCAUUGACUAACGGUUAACUCCGUUGACCUUUUAAUUUGAUGGUCAAACCUGCCUCCGACCAAAAUAAGGAAGUAUGGUACAUAGUUCAGGCUAGAAGAGCAAUUUCCGAAACCACGGACCAAUGUAGAAAAUUUGUGUAUAGUUCGGUCCAAACUAAUGUAUUAACUCAUCUUCUUAUCUUAACUCGCUAUUCUUCGGCCCAUUGACCGAAUUACUUUAUGUUACUGACGAUUGAACGGAAGAGCGAGCAAGAUCCAAAGAGCGUCUACUAUCUAGAGUUAUACAUUCAAAGCAUUAAUAAAAUAUUGAUAAUUGU